GCCCAUAGUGUUGAGUACAAACCCAUCGACGGCGACGCAGUAAGCCCUCGCAGUUUCAGCACCGCCGCCGCAGCCAAAGAUGAGCGGCAAGGCCAGAAACUUCCGCCGCCGGGCUGGCGACGACGACGACGACGACGACGCGAAGGGCGCCAUCACAACCAAACCCUCAUCGAAGUCCACCUCCACCACCGCCACUAAACCCAAGAAGCCUACCCAGCAAGCCCCCAAAAAACUCCUCAGCUUCGCGGACGACGACGAGGACAACGAUUCGCCGCCCGUUUCUCGCCCCUCCUCCAAAUCCUCCUCUUCUCGGUUCGCCAAGCACUCAGCCGCUUCGUCUCACAGACUGACGGCUUCGAAGGACCGGCUAACGCCUUCCUCCACCGCCUCUUCUGUUCCCUCUAACGUCCAGCCCCAAGCCGGCACUUACACCAAAGAAGCCCUACUCGAGCUCCAGAAGAAUACCAAAACCCUAGCCGCUCCUCGUCCCGCUCCGCCCUCCUCGGAGCCCCGGAUUGUCUUGAAAGGCCUCGUCAAGCCCGACCCGGUUGCCGAAACCCUAAAGGAAGUCGAAGAAUUGGACCUUGACGAUGCCGCAGAUCGUACGGCUUCGAUUGGGUUGGGCAGAGGCGGGGACCCAUCGGGCUCGUUGAUUCCUGACCAGGCAACAAUCAAUGCUAUUCGAGCGAAGAGGGAGCGGCUCCGGCAGUCGCGGGCGGCGGCGCCGGAUUAUAUAUCGUUGGAUUCCGGGAGCAAUCACGGGGCCGCGGAGGGGUUGAGCGAUGAGGAGCCGGAGUUUCAGCGCAGGAUUGGCUUCUUGGGGGAGAAGGUGGAGAGCGGGAAGAAGGGCGUGUUCGAGGAUGUUGAUGAGAGGGCAAUGGAUGGGGGUUUUAGGAAGGCUAGGGAAGUUGGUGCUGAUGAAGAAGAAGAUGAGGAGGAUAAGAUUUGGGAAGAAGAACAGUUCAGAAAAGGGUUAGGGAAGAGAAUGGAUGAUGGGUCCAGUAGGGCAGUGAGCAAUGCCGUGCCUGUAAUUCAGAGCCUCCCGCAACAAACAUACGCGUAUCCUCCUGCCCCAGCAUUGUAUUCUUCUGUGUUGAGUACAGCAGCUAAUCUGAGCAUUGGUGGAGGAUUGCCUGGUUUGGAUGUAAUGCCAAUCUCCCAACAGUCUGAGAUUGCUAAGAAAGCCUUGCACGAGAACCUGAAGAGGCUUAAGGAAUCUCACAGCAGAACCAUGGCAUCAUUGAGUAGGACCGAUGAAAAUUUGUCGGCAUCAGUGUUGAAUAUUACUGCUCUUGAGAAAUCUCUAUCUGCUGCUGGUGAGAAGUUCAUCUUUAUGCAAAAGCUUCGUGACUUUGUUUCUGUUAUAUGUGACUUUUUGCAGCAUAAAGCGCCUUUUAUCGAGGAACUUGAAGAGCAGAUGCAGAAACUUCAUGAAGAACGCGCAGCAGCAAUUUCAGAAAGAAGAGCAGCUGAUAAUGAAGAUGAAAUGAUAGAAGUAGAAGCAGCUGUAAAUGCAGCGAUGUCUGUCUUCAAUAAAGGUGGAGGUAGUGCUGCCAUGAUUGAGAUGGCCGCAAGUGCAGCUCAGGCUGCAUCUACAGCCAUGAGAGAACAAAGAAACCUUCCAGUGAAGCUAGAUGAAUUUGGUAGGGAUGUAAACCUGCAGAAACGAAUGGAUAUCAUGCGAAGGGCUGAUGCACGGCAACGCUGGAAAGCUCAAUCGGAUGCUAAGAGAUUUUCAUCCAUGGAACAUGAUGGCUCCUAUCAGCGAAUAGAAGGAGAAUCAAGUACGGAUGAAAGCGAUAGUGAGACUGCUGCAUACCAGUCAAACCGUGACCUGUUGCUUGAGACUGCUGAACAGAUUUUCAGUGAUGCAGCCGAGGAAUAUUCACAUCUUUCAGUGGUCAUAGAAAGGUUUGAAACAUGGAAGAAGGAAUACUCAUCAAGUUACCGGGAUGCUUACAUGUCAUUAAGUGUACCUGCUAUCUUCUCUCCGUAUGUGAGAUUGGAGCUUCUGAAGUGGGAUCCACUUCAUGAAGAUAUAGAUUUUAUUAACAUGAACUGGCAUUUGUUGCUUUACAACUAUGGUAUUGAAGAUGAAAAUAACAUCAGUCCUGAUGAUGCUGAUGCUAACCUUGUUCCUCAACUGGUGGAAAAAGUUGCAGUUCCUAUUUUGCAUCAUGAGAUAGCUCACUGUUGGGAUAUGCUAAGUACAUGUGAGACAAAAAAUGCUGUCUCCGCCACAGAUUUGGUCUUCAGAUAUGUUCCUGCUUCUAGCCAGGCUCUUGUUGAACUAGUAGCUGUACUUCACGACCGAAUAGCUGAUGCUAUUGCUAACCUUGUGGUGCCAACAUGGAGCCAGGUUGUAAUGAAGGCUGUGCCAAAUGCAGCGCGGGUGGCAGCAUAUAGGUUUGGCAUGUCUGUUCGGUUGCUGAGGAACAUAUGCUUGUGGAAUAAGAUUAUUUCAUUGCCUGUUAUUGAAAAGCUUGCUCUUGAUGACCUUUUGAGUUCAAAAAUUCUUCCUCAUCUUCGAAGCAUCCAGUCAAAUGUUCAUGAUGCAAUAACAAGAACUGAAAGAGUUGUUGCUUCAUUAUCUGGAGUGUGGGCAGGUCCAAGUGUUGCAGGGCACCGCAGCCCCAAGCUGCAACCGCUCGUGGAUUACUUGCUGACCCUUGCAAAAACACUGGAGAAAAAGCACGUUUCGGGCAGCAGUGAAGCUGGACUUGUUCGGCGGUUAAAGAAGAUGCUGGUUGAACUCGAUGAAUACGACCAAGCGAGGGCAAUAUCGAGAACCUUCAAUCUCAAGGAAGCGCUUUGAUCUGAUCGAUCUUUCUGUUUCCCUCCACUGUAAUUCUUGCUCCAGAACUCGGAUGGUUCUAUAGUUGGGAGCUGAAGCUGCAUGCCAAUGUUAGCUUGAGUAAGUAGUUUUAGUAGAUUCCGCAGAAAUAUAGUUUAUGAUUUUUGCCGAGGACUUUAAUUUAGUGUAAUUCUCUUGUUAGUUGUGUUUGUCACUGCAAUGGAAAUAGUUCAUAACAUCUGCACCACUCCAAUCCAAAGCUAGGUUAUAGAGGUAUUAUUAGUUAUGAUUCAUC